GUAUUGCUUAAUCCACAACAGAGAGUGACAGAUGUUCCUCUUCUGUGUCCUUUGUGUCUAGUAAGGCAAAAAAAUUGCCGUUGUGCAAGACUCUGUUUUCAUCUUUACUUGCGAAUCUUCUCUCUUUAUCUGCUGGAGUGAGAUGGAGAACUUUGUGCAUCUGAUCUUCUUGGUCUCCUUGUCAGGUAUGAGAUUUAGAAUCCUAUGCUGGUUGGAUAAGCGGGUGAUAAGCAGGCUAUAGGAACAGAUUAUAGUAUGAAUGGGUCAGAUAAGGACUGGGUUGAUAUGCAUGCAUGAUGCUGAAGGCAAGGCACAAUUGAUCCAGCUGAAAACAAGCUAUCCGAACAAAGAAACUUUUUACUGAAAUGUCAUUCUUAAUUUGCCAAGCACCAGUGGUACAUCUUGCUUGCUUCUGCUAUCUCCAUGUGGCACGCUUUGCAAAUUGCAUUGAAUGGGAUAAUGGGCUAGGGAUAGUGUGUAAGUUAUGUCCACAGUGCAAGAGACUGAGCUAAAGGAGUCUGUUGGGUCUGUCCUCUGGCUGUAUAGACCCAACAUUCUAUCAUUCUGUACAGCAGAUACAAGAUUACGAAAACCUCAAACUGUGAUCAGCCAAAGGGCAAAGCAGAAGCACUCUGUGCUAGAUGAGAACAUAAGGAAAACCUGGAUAUAUCAAGCCAGAGGCCAACUAGUCCAGCGUCUUGUUCUCACAGUGGCAAACCAGAUGCCUAUGCUAACGCUACAACAGUGGAAGCUGAAAAAAGCCAUUAUGGCUAUUAGCCACUGAUAGCCUUAUCCUCCAUGAUAUUUAUGCUUACUUUUAUUUAUUUAUCCAUUUGCUCCACCUGGUUGCAUGCUUGUUUCACAUCCCACUAUAUCUGGUGGGUGCAGAGCAGUUUACAGCAGCUUAUCUAAAUGUUUGUACCCUCCUCUUUCCCACAGGGGAGGGCUGAAAAUGGGCAAGGAAUGGGGUAGCGAUGAGAUAAGAAACACUUGAAUCAUGACUGGAUGUGUUUAGCAAAAAUCUUUGCGUGGACCAGAAGCAGUAGUUAAAAACAGUCAUUGGAGGCUGUGAUUUUAAGGGAUGGUGAUGUGGAGGGGAUGCUAAACCCUUUCUCAUCCAGCCAUUUAUCUUCUUCUCAAUCCUCCCCUCCACUAUUUUUCACCUCUAAGGAGAACAUAACACACACACUAUUAAAGGUUACCAAUGUGCAAAAUAUACAUCAUUCUGCAAGGGAAUGAAAAGGACCAAUACAUGUACAGAUUAUUAUUGAUUGCAAGGGAGUUGCACUGGCGUGAACACAAGCUUUCAAAGCUGCAACAAGAGGCAUUCUGGACCAUGAAGCAACAUGAAACUGUUUCUUCAGGCAGCAGAUUCCAUUUUUCCCUGUCCCAGCUCAGAAAAGGGGUUGAAGGCGAUUCUGAAUUCAACUGCAAAAAUCUCUAAGAAAUUUCCUUAUGCAGUAGAAUCGCCCGUGUCAAAAAAACGAUGCACUAGAAAGAGCUCCUCUGUCUAUAUCGAUAGAUUUCCUUCUCUCAAAAUUGGUUGCUAAAUCAUAGAACUGUGGAGCUGAAAGGGACCGCAAGGGUUGGAUAAUCCAACCUUGCAAUGCAGGCAGAGAACUCUUCCAAAAGACCCGUUUGUUGAGCAUUCAUCCCAAUUUGUUGCACAAAUUUGCACAGAGGUUGUACAAGGUUAUACUGAGCAUGCAUCCUGAUUUGUUUGCGUGGAGGUUAUAUGACAUCACCAAACAUCACCAUUAUGCCACACUUUGCAUUACAUUUCCCCAUUAUUUUUCUAACUCCCCCAAAUCUGCGGGUUUCAGGGAGAGGAUUUGUUCUGCCAGACCAUCAAAUCCACUUUGAUUGCUCAACCUAACUUUCCCACCGUAUGACUGAAUCAUACCCACAAAAUAGUGACAGACUGGAAGCAGCCUCAGCCUGCUCUUCCGUAAUCCCCAUAUUGCACCACUCUGGAGCAGGACUUAAGGCAGAGGCAGCAUGCGUGAGUCACAUCUGACCAAAUCAUACUUUACAUUACUCAUUCUUUUUUUAAAUGUGCUUAAGCUAGCCAUUUUUAUUUUGAACAAGAAGCAGAUUUGUGGGCUUCUGAUCCUGAAUUUAUUCCUGGUCCAAAUUGACAGCCUGCUGCAUAUUGCCCCCACCAGCUGCUUUGUGCCACCGUAAGUAAAGUUAACAGCACUUGGGGGGAUAAACAGCCACAGGAGAAGGAGAAUUUUCAGCCGGAAAUCAGCAUGGGGCCUGACCUAGAUCAGGAACAUGUUCUGGAUUAAGGCCCCACACAGCUCAGCAGCUGUGUGGGGCCUUAAUCCAGAACAUGUUCCUGAUCUAGGUCAGGAACUCCUUCAAACAAAAAUGCCCAGCUCCUUCAAACAAAAUGCCCAGCUUAAGCAAGAUUUUUUUUUUAAUGUGAAAAAGCAUGAAUAUAACAAUGUUUUUAAUAGGUCUUAGACCUGGCUCCAAGGUCUCGCAUCUAUUAAAACAGCCCAGUAAUCUUCCCACCAGUGAUGCAGAGACUUCAGAGACCUCAAGGUUUGGUACAAACUGAAUUUUGAAGAGUGGUUGACUAAAGCAAUUUGCAAGCAAAUCAGCUGGGGUGUGGGUGGGCGGAUUUGCCUUCUUACAUUGAGGGAUCUCCUCCCCAUUUAUGCAGGUCAUGUAUAUUGUAAGCUACAUAUACCUGAGCAAUGUGGGUGGGGCUCUGGAUGAUGUGGCCCCAGUGCUGUAAUAUGGUCACCUCCCAUUACAAAAAUGGAAGUAUGGAAUACAACCCUUCUCUCCUUCCUAGAAGCAUACGCGACUGAGGAUGUUCCAACGGUGUAUGGUGUUGAAGGAGAGCCCAUCACCAUCAAUUGCACUUACAACCCCAAGGAGAACCAGUGGAGAAAGAAAAGUUGGUGCAAGCACAUCAGUGAGAUGUCAUGUCAAAAUAUUGUCAGCGCCCGGCGUUUUUGGAUGCCGUUCCUCAAAGAAAGGAAUGGCAGCACUGCCAUUGCUGACAACAUCCAGAAGGGGAUUCUCACAGUGACCAUUGACCCAUUCCAGAAAGAGGAUGCUGGUUUGUAUCAGUGCAAGACGGAAUUCUUGGGGCUUACGAAUAUCCUGCAGAAAGUGAAGGUGGAAGUUCUGACAGGUAAGUCCCACCAGGGUCUUUAAUCAGCUGUAAGCCUUGCCUUCUAAAUAGUCAUGUCUAUGAUACAAAAUUAUGACCCCAAAUAAGAUAUUAGACCCACUGUACAAAGACAUGAUUAAAGCAGGCACAGGCGUAAACUUCUUGCUCAGCACAAAGGAGGAUGAGGAAGAGCUUUUUUCUCGCUCUUCUUGUAUAGCCUUCCCCAGUGCUUUUUUUCGGGGGGGAUGCAGGGGUACACAUACCCCCUAAACAUUUUGUGAAUCUUAGUUUGGUCUCUUUGAGGGGCAGUAUUUCAAUAUGAGUAGGAAAAUGAGAGUACCUCUGAACAUUUUUUUAAAGAAAAAAAGCACUGGCCUUCCCUAUUUCAACAAAGAUGGAAGACUUAAGCUACAGAGCAAUGUCCUUAAGGCUGCAGUCUACACACUUAGGGUACUUACCUGGGAGUAAGUUCCAUUGAGAACAAUGAGGCUUACUUCCAAGUAGAGAUGUAUAGGGUUCCACUCCUAGUCCAAAACCUACAAGUGGUCUUUGGGCUCAGCUAUACUGUUGCUUAAUGGGGAUAGUUAGCUUCCUGUGCCUCCAUUAAUUCUGUGUUGCCUGAAUGCCAUUCUUCUCCAAAUUACUGUCUUCUCAUCUUUCUCUCUUCCUCAAUCUGGAUUUUCUAAUACCUUCUCCUUUUUGGAGUAUCCCUGGCAUGCAAAAAUCCAGGCUGAGAGAGAGAGGAAAGCAGUGGUUUGGAGAACAUCCUAUGACCAACAGUGAAUUGAUGGAGGUACAGGGAAACUUGCUAUCCACAAUGAGCAACAGUAUGGAUGAGCCCGUCAUGUGUUUAUUCCUGGUUGCAACAGCGGCCUGCUCUUAAUCAUUGCCUUGGGUAAAGGAGCGGAAGGUAAAUAGGGGUUUACUCUGAUCAAUCUCUGUCUGAUUUGCAGUUGAUAGACAAUUGGAGUCAGAAAUCCUUGCUCAACAGCAGCAGCAGCAACAACAACUAGAAAAAGCUUUCCUCCUCUGUACAAAGUUGCUGGGAAAACAAGUCUUGGGAGAAAACCAAGAGUGGAUUUAUUGUGUGAAAGGAUUAAAAAAAAAAAGAAUUUAGCACCAAUCCCAAAUCCCUGGGCAGAGCAUAUGCUCAGAUGUACCUUGUUCCUUAAUUCUUAACAUAUGUCCACUUGCCUGGGCCACUAUUCUGCACCAGCUGUGAUUGGUGGACCUCAUGAUUCUGGUAAAAAAUCUGCCCACCACUGCCUUAAGAUGUUCUUAUUUUGCCAGCUAAAUUGCUGUGUUUCUGCCACCAGGUCUAUGGGAGACUGAGGCACCUGAGGAGCCCAGAGCAGUGCACAGCAUCUCCAGGUAAAUCUGUACAUUUGUUUUAUUGGUAAGCCUCAGGCAUAUUGUCAUAUAUGCAAAUAAAUAUAUGCAUAUACAAGUAUUUUGCCUAUAUGCAAAUAUCUACCCUGUCCUUCUGUGAGAAGUACUCUCAAGGGACUCAGCUAUACAGCUGCAAAUAUAACAUUUUAAGUGCAUUAUACAAAUGUGACGCUAGAUGGCUCCGAUGAGAUAACGGCAAACUCCAUAUAUAUUUUAAAACAUUUUUUUAAAAAAAAACAUUUUCACAGUGUGUUUUUAUAUCUGUGUGGAUUCAGCCAAGGUGGCUUACAUGGCAAAAUCUGAAUAAAAAGCAAGUUGAAAUGAAUAAUAACCAUUAGAACACAAAAAUAACAGCAGCUCAGGAAACAUCUCAGCACACACCUAAACUUCAUCAGCUCGAGGCUGGGGGGGGUGGGGAGCUGGAAUGAAUAAAUCCCAUGCCAAGCUACUCUGGUAUGGGGAGUGCACAACAGGUUUUUAAGUAGCAAGCUUGGCAGUUCUUACUAUAGAUAGGAUACAAAUACAGUCAAAUUUGAAGCCUCGUUUUUGAUUAAGGGAAUUUAGGUUCUUUCCCACAGAUAGUUUGUGAAGCCAUGUGUGCAUGGCAUUAGCCACAAUCCAUGUCUAUCCUGCAGAUUAAUAAGAAGUGCUGCAUUUUGGUGUGUUUCCCCUCCAAAUCAGCUUCGAUCUGAUCUGAAAAUGUUAAGACGUAUUAAGACAUCCCCACACACUGGUGUGGGUAGACAGUGAGUGACUCGGAAGCACAUCCAGCCAUAUUGAGGUGUAUAAUAACAUGCAGGUACUUUUUCACUGUGGGUAAAACCUCAGUGCCUAGGGCUUGCCGAUCGCAUGGUCGGCGGUUCGAAUCCCUGCGGCGGGGUGAGCUCCCGUCGUUCGGUCCCAGCUCCUGCCCACCUAGCAGUUCGAAAGCACUCCUAAGUGCAAGUAGAUAAAUAGGUACCCUUUAUAGCGGGAAGGUAAACGGCGUUUCCCUGUGCGGCGCUGGUGCUGGCUUGCCAGCUGCAGCUUCAUCACGCUGGCCACGUGACCCGGAAGUGUCUUCAGACGGCGCUGGCCCCUGGCCUCUUGAGCGAGAUGAGCACGCAACCCUAGAGUCGGACACGACUGGCCCGUACGGGCAGGGGUACCUUUACCUUUACCUUUUACUUUUUCAGGCAAGGGGUGGAGGAGGUAAGCAACCUUGCUGCAUUUUAAGUUGGCAAUGUGCACACAGCCCAUUGAUGAAACUUGAUGGCAGAGAUGAGAGACAGAUAUAAUGGCUUUAAUAGACUUACGUCCUUCCUUGGGACUUAAUCGCUUUUUGGUCCAGCAGGUUUUUAGGUGGCAAUGUGUAUAAAUCAAUUAGUGGUGGUCUAACCUUGCUGGAUUUUGGAGAUCUCUCUGCUCAUUCUGGUGAGUGAGAGGUACCAGAUUCCUGCCCUGUUGGUUUCACUGUAGGAAGACAAUAGCUUCCUUCACAAUCUUGAGUGUCAAACAUGUCUCCAAGGGAAGGUGAGGGCAUACAAGCACAUGGACUAUAGGAAGUUAGUAGAGUAGAUGCCGCACCUCACCUCACUGAACCUGGGCCUGUUCCUGUUCAACAUGUAGGCUGCAAAAAAAUAAAAUUAAUAAUAAUAAUAAUAAUAAUAAUAAUAAUAAUAAUAAUACUAUGUCAUGGAGCACCCCAUCCAACUAAACUGCAGGGGAUUCUAAGGACUCAGGUGUGUUUCCAAUCCUUGGAAUUAGAUUUGCCUGACCAUCUCUUAAGAAAUUACCCUAAUCAUCAUCUCACCCCUGUGUUGCAGAAGGGAAAAUGUAUUCAAGGCCCUAUUGAACCUUGUAUUUCCUUGGAGAUUUCCGAUUCUCUGCAUCCUCCCCUCUUCUUGACUGGCACAUCUCACCAGGGAUAUGAAAGAUGAUUCUGACAUAGAAAUUACCCAUUCUCAUUACAGCUCCUACACUUGUGUUGCUAGCAAGUGACAAAGGGUGGGCUCAAAUAAAUCUGCUAAAUGUGAUUACCUUGAACAUAAUUCACUGGGACUCUUCAGCUGUGACAUCUCAGGAGUCAUUCAGCUGUUAUUUGCCCAUGUAAGGCACAAACAGACAUGCUGGUAGCAGAUUCCAAGCCAGGCCUAUAAAGCAAGGCAGCGGGGGAGAUUUAAAGCACAGUAUGAGGAGGCAGGAGGAGAAAGCUAACUCCAUCCCUCUCCUAUGCUUUCCUGAUGAAACUUGAAUUAAUGCAAUGCUUCAUACUAGGGGUAGCCAAUAUGUCAUAGAAUCAUGAGUUGGAAGGCACCCCAAGGGUCAUCUAGUCCAACCCCCUGCAAUGCAGGAUUCUCUAUUAAUGCACACCUGACAGAUAGCCACCCAACCUCUGCUUAAAAAUGCCAAGGAAGGGGAGUCCACCACCUUCUGGAGAAAUGUGUUCCACAGCUCUUACUAUCAAAAAGUUCUUCCUAAUGUUUAGUCAGAAUCUCCUUUCUUGUAACUUGAAUCCAUUGGUUCGAGUCUUACCCUGAAGAACAGGAGAAGACAAGCUUUCUCCGUCUUCCAAUGUGUCUGCCCUUUUAGAUAGUUGAAGGUGGCCAUCAUAUCUCCUAUUAGUCUCCUCUAAACAUACCCAAUUCCCUCAACCGUUCCUAAGGCUUGUUGUUGGACUACAACUCCCAUCAGCCCCAGCCAGGAUGGUGGGAAUUGUAGUCCAACAGAGCACCAUAUUGGCUACCCCAGCAUUGAAAAAUGAUCUGGAAACUUCAGCUGGUCCAAAAUAGGGCAGCAAGAUUAUUGUGAACAGGCUGAAAUGGUGACAUUAUGCCAGUGCUUUGCUAUCUGCACUGACUUCUAGCCUAUUUCAAGGCUCAGUUCAAAGGUCUGGUAUGACUUUUGAAUACCUUGCAGCCAGGGUACCUGAGGGAACAACUCUCAUAUACCUGUCUGCAUGCUAAAAUAAUAUUCAGAGGCCCUUCUCCACCUGCCCACCCCAACCCCAUUAGGCCAGGCAGAAGACUACUGAAGACAGGACCCUUUCAGUGGUAGCCCCCUACUUGUGGAAAGCCCUCCUCAGCAGGGCUCACUUGACACCUACAUUGUGGUUUUUACUGCAUCUGGACAAGGCCUCUUUAUUUCCCCAGGCUUUUCAGUUUUAAAAGCAUGUUUUGGGUACUUUUUUAGACCUUCGGACCUAUUGGUUUUAGUUUAAAGUUGUUUUAACUGCUGUUUGAUUUCAUAUUUUUAUAAUAUUUUUAUAUUUUAUUAGGUGUGGGUGUUUUAAAUGUACACCAUCCAAAGAAAUUACUGUUAAUGGAUGGUAUGAAAACGCUGUAAAUUAAGUGCUUUUUAACUAUUUCCAUACUGGUGGGAAUUCUUUCCUGUUAUACCCUCCGCCCCUAAAGUCAGUAAAGUUAGCUUUUAAAAGAACUGCUGGGGUACUGGUAGGGGAAAGGUUCGUCCCCCACACCCAAUCCAUGCUCCCCUGCUUUAUAGGGAUUUGUCAGGAACCCAGUCUUGACACUCGGGAUUGAUGCCAUCAUGUGUACUUUGGCCCUUAGAGAACAGAAUAUUUCCAGUCUCUGUAGGAAGAGUUUCCACCCUUCAUUAGGCUUCCAUGUGGAAUGCAAACUCUUGGCAGCAAAAUGAAUUUUAUACUUGCCAAAAGCUAUGUUAAACAAAUGGAACUCGACAGGAGGAACAUUUUCAAAACACAAUGAACUGUGAAGGAAGGCAAAAGCACCUCAUAAAUCUAGCCAAGCUAAAAAAUCUUAACUUUCCUCUUCCAUGUGAAUGUUAAGACCCUCAGUUCCAUAUCCCACUUCUUCUUUUUCCAUGGAGCUCCAUGUUCCAUCCAGGCUCAGACCAGCUUUGCUUCAGCAACACGGCUGCGUCACAUUCCUUCAGACCGUGGCUGUGUACACAUUGCCAUCUUAAAGCACAGCCGGGUCAUUCUUUUUCUCAAUGCAAGAACUAAAUCCUGUUGGGAGGGAUGGAGUAACACAUCAUACACUGUAUUUCAUAAGAAAGGACAGAAUAUAUACGGAUUGUGGCUAAUGCCAUGUGUACUCCAUUUCCCAACGCAGCAGUGGUACCCCACUGAAUGCUGAGUGAAUGGGAAUGUGCACACAGCCCAUGGCCUGGGCUACAGGGGAAGGCAACUCAGCAGCUAAGAUCUGUAAAAAGCACUCCCACUGCCCUCCCCUGAAGCUCAAUGAGAUCGAGUGGCAUCAAGGAGCAUCCAAGACUGCCUACUUGCUCCUUAAGGGAAAGUGUGAGUCCAUCAAGGACAGGACAAACCCCAAGACCUACUCCUCAGCACCUCUAUCUUGUCAGGCUAUGGCUGGUGGCUGAUGCAAAUAAAGAUUCAUUCAUUCAUUCAUUGUCAGGCUCACUGUCCAUUUGUUAUCCAUCAUCUAGGGAACUAUUCAAGGUCUCCUAAAAGUGGCAUACAACAAGCAGAGCUGGGGACUUCUUCAUAUAUAGGAGAUACUGAACUUUGGUUAUUCGUACACAGCUGCUAUUGCUGCAUGUAAAUAUUGACAAGAGUUGGUUGGAGGGAUCUUUGAGGUAGAGCCAAACCAUCUAAGGGCAGCUUCUGAUACCAUACAUUACAUUAGGCUCUUGCAAUGUCUAUGAGCCCUGCAACUCUAAGCAACUUUGAAUGUGAGUUGGGGCAUCAAGCAAAAGGAAAUAAGACUUGCACUGCAGAGUUUGGCUCUCUGAGCUUUUAUGUUAGUGCAUCAACGGGGAAACUGCCCACCAAAUGUUGCUGAACUCCAACUCCCAGCAGCCCCACCCAGCAUGGUCCACGGGCAGGGAGUUGUCAUCCAACAUCAUCUGCAGCUCCAUGAGUCCCCUCCUCCCUGUGUUACUGCAUACAUAGUUAACUAGUUAAGCUCAAAAAUAAUUUUGGAACAUUGCGCCUGAGUCCUCACUGCUUAAAGACCAAUAAAACCGCUGCAGUUUCGUUAAUUCACGAUUUCUGCAUUUGCAGUGCAAUUCUAUUCAGAAGCAAGUCCCACUGUGUACAAUGAAUAGUUCCCUGAGUAAAUCUGAAGGACUUAUGAUCAAGCGGUAUAUAAAUUUGAUGGGGAAAAAAUACAUAAAGGAAAUGACACCUGGACAUAUUAAUUAGAACUGGCAGUCGCUAGCUACCCCAAGUGAAAUGGCUGCAAUGUAAAAUAGCAACAGCCAUGCCAAGCAACCUCCUGUGGCUCAAUUGAGAAAUUGUUUCCCCUCCUUUUCUUUAUUAUAAUUCUUUUCACAAUAAAUUACCUGCUUCAUGCCCUGUUGCAUUUGUAUCUUUCCAAAGCACCCUGUCAGAUGCUGAAGUCAAUCUUCGCUUCCUUGUGGCUGGAUUCUUGGGUUUCAAGCUCCUGGUUGCUGUAGUCAUCUUGAUCGCUGCCAAGAGCCAGUGCAGCAGACAGACAAAGGAUGAGAGCCAUGGAGAAAAUGAGCACCAGCUCUUCCCAAUCACAGGUGAUGUCAGUACUCUGAGUGCAAGAGACUACUGAGAGCAGGGCUGCUGCAGAGGUCCUUUUUAAAUGACUUCCACAGAACAUGAAUGGGGCUGGCCAUAUCUUGUGCCAACCUAGUAGAAUAGGGAGUGUCAAGGUGAGUGCCUCACUGUUCUGUACCCUAGACCACCUUGCAGAGCAUUUUGGCGGCAUACAACCAGCUUACACAAGGAGCCAAAAAUGCUAAGAUGGGAGCCCAAAUGUGUAUGUUGUUUCCAGCAAAGUGAGUGCCUCCUGGAGCUGAGUUGCCUACGUCUAGUCUAGGCCUGAACUUAAUGCGGCCCAGAAUCACCUGUGACAUCACUGAAUUCUGGGGCCUGUUUUCAGUUAGUGUGCAGAGCUACCCACAGUGCAAACAGCACACAAUCUUGGAUUUCUACAUUGCUUCCUUGAAUCGUGGCUCUCCUGGUGGCUGCCUAUUCUAGCCGUGCUUUUCAGUUGCCCCCUCCCACAUUCACAAUACAAAUUCAUGACUUUCCACAAUGAAUCCUGAUGACAAGUUCUGUGAAAAGGCUAUAAAUUUGUUGAGAGACAUCCAGCAAUCAAGCCCUGUUGUGCCUUCUGGAAAAACCCAUGGCAUUGCUAACCCCAAAAUGGAAAUAAUGAGUCAGGAAUUUAGUGUGAUGCAAUGGGCUUGUAGAUCACGAGUUCUCUAAGUGACACAUUUGAGGCAUUGCUGUUUGUUCACAAGCUUUUAGAAUGAAUUACUGUUUCAUUCUCCUACUCCGCCACCCCAAUAUUCCAACUGCAAAUUCAUUUCUUUAAAAUGAAAGCUUGGUGUGCUGUAUAUUAAAUAGAGAAGAUAACUUCAUGUGGUAGUAGUGACCUUGGGUUAUAUUUGGAUGCUUGUUUCAUUUAAUUUCAUAGCACAUAUGUCUUUUCUCGUUUCCAGGCUAAAAGGGAAAGCUUGGCAUAAAUGGGAUGUGAUGGAAAGACGAAUGAGUAAGAAUUCAAAGAUAGGUGCAUAGAAAUUGCUCCAAUAGACAAGAUGUGAAGGACAUGCUUGCUUUAUCCUGUGGCCUGUGCCGCAUGACCAAUGCAAGGACUGUGGUGGUUCCAUUUAUAAAGCCAGAUGUUGCCAGCAAGUCAAACUAAACAGCUUUGCUGUAGACAAUAAAGAGUAUCAGAUGGAUGCUCCACCCAGAAGCACUUUUAAUAUUAUAUUGAGAACAAUCUGUAUAGUGUAAGAAUAAAUGUAAGAAUGUACAUCUCUUUCUCUAAGUUCUUUCUGUUGCAAAGGGAGCAUAACAAUAAUUACAUGCAGAAAAAGAAAAGAAUGGCUCACACAAUAUAAACUGCAAGA